GCUAAAUGUCCUCAAGGGGGCACCUGUGACCCAUAUUAGCGGAACCUUCUGCAUGACGUCACUAGUACCGCUGCUAUCUAAAUUGGGGAACCGCUGUUUCUCCUGUCCUUUUCUUACGAGUCCUGAGACGGGUAGGGAUCCAAAACCAUCUUCCCCUUGAACGUCACAUCUACAAUCCAACAAAAAUGAUCAUCUACAAGGAUAUCAUCACCGGUAAACUAACGUUUAUAUUAUCAGUACUUUUGUUGUCAUUAUUUCAUAAAAAUCACUUUUUUUUUGGGGGGGUCUGCAUUUUGUAGUGUGUUUAUUGUGGCCUACCGGAAGUUCUAAGGCCUUUCGUGCCAACGAUGUGGUGGAAAAUACUUUUUAAACUUCGUCGUAGUCCUCCAUGGUAUUCUGCACGGCGAUCCAUCCAAGUAUAUUUUAUGAGUACUGUAUAACGGAGUAAAAAUCAAUAGACUGUUAGGCUUACCGGAGUUAGCAUUUACCAGCUGGUUAGCGAGGCCUACCGGCAUUUGGCUAACUAGCUAGCGUUAACUGGCUAGUUAAGAGAACUAGCUACUAACUGCCCUGUUUCCCAAUGUAAACAGCUGAUUAGUGAAUUUAGCUAACUAUUGUGUUAACUAGUAGGCUAGCUACCAUGUUUUGGGGGUGCGUUGGCUAAUCAUUCUGCAUUUUCAGGAGAUGAGUUAUUCACCGAGGUCUACAAAAUCACGGAGGCCUGCGACGGCAUGUUGUACGAAGUACAGGGGAAGGUACGUUUAGCUAACGUCCGCUACUCUACCGUUUCAAUACAGUUACCUUCCUUAACUGUUAGCAACUUGGCUAGCUAUUCAUCCAUUUCACUAACUUAAAAAUGCUGGAGGGGUAUGAAACAUUCUUUGGCAACUUCGGCUCGGGUAAACGGAUCUACUAGCUAGCUAGCUAGGAUAACGUGUUGAUACCGUUGUAGCCUGCUAGCCUAACCAUAACCCCCCAACCCCCAUCUACCGUUGUAGCCUGCUAGCCUAACCAUAACCCCCAUCUACCGUUGUAGCCUGCUAGCCUAACCAUAACCCCCAUCUACCGGUUGUAGCCUGCUAGCCUAACCAUAACCCCCAUCUACCGUUGUAGCCUGCUAGCCUAACCAUAACCCCCAUCUACCGUUGUAGCCUGCUAGCCUAACCAUAACCCCAUCUACCGUUGUAGCCUGCUAGCCUAACCAUAACCCCCAUCUACCGUUGUAGCCUGCUAGCCUAACCAUAACCCCCCAUCUACCGUUGUAGCCUGCUAGCCUAACCAUAACCCCCAUCUACCGUUGUAGCCUGCUAGCCUAACCAUAACCCCCAUCUACCGUUGUAGCCUGCUAGCCUAACCAUAACCCCCCAACCCCCCAUCUACCGUUGUAGCCUGCUAGCCUAACCAUAACCCCCCAACCCCCAUCUACCGUUGUAGCCUGCUAGCCUAACCAUAACCCCCCAACCCCCAUCUACCGUUGUAGCCUGCUAGCCUAACCAUAACCCCCCAACCCCCAUCUACCGUUGUAGCCUGCUAGCCUAACCAUAACCCCCCAACCCCCAUCUCGCCUCCCUUCCAGCUCACUUCCAGAUCGGAGGACGUCGACGGUGCUUUGAUCGGCGCCAACGCCUCUGCAGAGGGAGGAGACGAGGGCAGUGAAGCGUCCACGGUCAGUGGAGUUGACAUUGUGCUCAACAGCAAACUGCAGGAGACCUCCGCCUACAACAAGAAGGCCUACCAGAGCUAUAUCAAGGGAUACAUGAAGGCGUAAGUGGUCUUGUCAUCUAAUCUAAAGCCUGAAGGGGUCACAGAAAUGGGCCUUAACAACUAAAAGCUGGAUCUCUAUAUGUAACCCACAUCUCUGUUUUAAUCGUCAGCUUCUGUUCAUGAACUCAAGUAACUUUGUGCCGAAAAGUCAUUUACAGUGAGCAGGUUGAGAGUGAUAUUUAAACUGCAAAUAAGACGUAACCGCCAGUCCAAAAUCAGUAUUUUAUUUUAUAAUCCGCACGUUGACAGCCUGGGCCACCUCUCUCUCUGGUGACUUAAUAAAUGAGGGUUUUAGUAACUGUGAUGCUAGCUUCAUAAUUUUUUUAAUUUAAUUUUUUUAAAUCACAAGUGCCAUGCUCUACCAAUUGAGCUACAGAGGAGUGGAAUGGUUACAGGGGGGGGACGAAUGAAUGAGCCAAUUGGAAGUGUCCCUGCGCUUUCUGCUCGCCCUGCUAUGGCGUCUGGGUGUAAAUACCUGUUAAACGACUGGGAGGGGAUUUGGAGCAGUACACUUCCAAUUGGCUCAUUCAUUCGUCCCCCCCUGUAACCAUUCCACUCCUCUGUAGCUCAAUUGGUAGAGCAUGGCACUUGUAACGCCAGGGUAGUGGGUUCGAUCCCCGGGACCACCCAUACGUUAAAAGAAAUGUGUGCACACAUGACUGUAAGUCACUUUGGAUAAAAGCGUCUGCUAAAUGGCUUAUUAUUAUAUUAUUAUUCCCCAGGUCGUUGCUGUCAAUGAGACUGUGUUCUCAGUCAACUUACCUGGUAAAAAAAAUAGGUGCCAAAAAAAUGUAAUGAACAGUUCACAAGCAGUGAGUGUUUUCUGGGAGUAUCAGGCAGCCCAAUGGGAGCGUUGUGAAUGUAAUGUCGGCGUGUCGUCCCCCCCAGAGUCAAGGCUAAGCUGGAGGAGCAGGAUUCCAAGAGGGUACAGGCCUUCGUGGCUGGAGCUCCGGCAGCUGUUAAGAUGAUCCUGGGGAACCUCGAUAAAUACCAGGUGAGAGGAACGCCUAACUCGUGGGGCUGGGUCCCACAUGGCAACCCUUUUUCACUGCGUGGUGCACCACACCAGUCCAGGGUCUGUUAUUUGGUGCGCUGAACAGGGUGCUGUUUGGGAUGCAACCGUGGCCCGUGCUGUGUAUGUUGUGGACACUCGUUUAUAUAUUGGGUUAAUGCGUUGAAGUGAAGUGGCCACUGGAACGUACAGUGAUGACAAUCUUAGGACACCUUUAGAGGCUGUGACCUAUGAAACUAACAUCUGUUUUUACCUGAGUACGUUGUCCAGUCAGUGGCCUACACUUUGAAUUUUGGAUAGGGGGAGGGGGGGGGGGGGAUGUGUGUGGUUUGGCUCCAAAAGAAUGCAGCUCAUCUUCCUCCAUUGUAUGAAACUAUAAGUGAACAUUGUCUCCUUGUAUAUGCCCUCUUGAACACGUGGCCUGCUCCUCCUACAGUUCUUCACCGGUGAGUCAAUGAACUGUGACGGAGCCAUCGGCCUGCUAGAUUACCGUGAGGAUGGAGUCACGCCUUUCUUCCUCUUCUUCAAAGACGGUAUCGAAAUCGAGAAAUACGUAAGUUAACACCAUGAUGACGGAGGACUGUCUGGUUCUCUAUAGGUGAUGGAGUGACAGUUGACAGUACCCGUUGAAUUCACAUAGGAAAUGUCCCAAGUGGCACCCUAUUCCCUAUAUAGUACACUACUUUAGACCAGAGCCCUAUGGCACCCUAUUCCCUAUAUAGUACACUACUUUAGACCAGAGCCCUAUGACACCCUAUUCCCUAUAUAGUACACUACUUUAGACCAGAGCCCUAUGACACCCUAUUCCCUAUAUAGUACACUACUUUAGACCAGAGCCCUAUGACACCCUAUUCCCUAUGUAGUUCACUACUUUUGACCAGAGCCCUAUGGCACCCUAUUCCCUAUAUAGUGCACUACUUUAGACCAGAGCCCUAUGACACCCUAUUCCCUAUAUAGUACACUACUUUAGACCAGAGCCCUAUGACACCCUAUUCCCUAUGUAGUUCACUACUUUAGACCAGAGCCCUAUGACACCCUAUUCCCUAUAUAGUACACUACUUUUGACCAGAGCCCUAUGGCACCCUAUUCCCUAUAUAGUACACUACUUUUGACCAGGGCCCUAUGGCACCCUAUUCCCUAUAUAGUGCACUACUUUAGACCAGAGCCCUAUGGCACCCUAUUCCCUAUAUAGUACACUACUUUUGACCAGGGCCCAUAGUUACACUUUCUAUGGCUGUUUCUAGUGCUUGUUUGGGUUCAAGUUGAUUGAUUUUUUUUUUUUUUGAUUUGAGAAACGUUGCCAAGUUCUAAGUGUAAAGACACUGCUCCAACAUUCAACCCCCCCAUGAUCCCUUCCCUUAAAGCUAAGGGUAAAGACACUGCUCCAACAUUCAACCCCCCCAUGAUCCCUUCCCUUAAAGCUAAGUGUAAAGACACUGCUCCAACAUUCAACCCCCCCAUGAUCCCUUCCCUUAAAGCUAAGUGUAAAGACACUGCUCCAACAUUCAACCCUCCCAUGAUCCCUUCCCUUAAAGCUAAGUGUAAAGACACUGCUCCAACAUUCAACCCCCCCAUGAUCCCUUCCCUUAAAGCUAAGUGUAAAGACACUGCUCCAAACAUUCAACCCCCCCAUGAUCCCUUCCCUUAAAGCUAAGUGUAAAGACACUGCUCCAACAUUCAACCCCCCCAUGAUCCCUUCCCUUAAAGCUAAGUGUAAAGACACUGCUCCAACAUUCAACCCCCCCAUGAUCCCUUCCCUUAAAGCUAAGUGUAAGACACUGCUCCAACAUUCAACCCCCCCAUGAUCCCUUCCCUUAAAGCUAAGUGUAAAGACAACUGCUCCAACAUUCAACCCCCCAUGAUCCCUUCCCUUAAAGCUAAGUGUAAAGACACUGCUCCAACAUUCAACCCCCCAUGAUCCUUCCCAUUAAAGCUAAGUGUAAAGACACUGCUCCAACAUUCAACCCCCCCCAUGAUCCUUCCCUUAAAGCUAAGUGUAAAGAACACUGCUCCAACAUUCAACCCCCCCCAUGAUCCUUCCCUUAAAGCUAAGUGUAAAGACACUGCUCCAACAUUCAACCCCCCAUGAUCCCUUCCCUUAAAGCUAAGUGUAAAGACACUGCUCCAACAUCAACCCCCCAUGAUCCCUUCCCUAAAGCUAAGUGUACAAGACACUGCUCCAACAUUCAACCCCCCCAUGAUCCCUUCCCUUAAAGCUAAGUGUAAAGACACUGCUUCCAACAUUAACCCCCCAGAUCCCGUCCUUAAAGUAAGGUAAAUACAUGCUCCAACAUUCAACCCCCCCAUGAUCCCUUCCCUUAAAGCUAAGUGUAAAGACACUGCUCCAACAUUAAACCCCCCAUGAUCCCUUCCCUUGAUGUUCAACAUACGUGCCACACCCUGUACAUUCCUCCCCUCUGACUGACGUGGCUGUUUCUGUGGGCGUCGGCCUGUUGGCAUUUCAUUGUCAUGAGGCAUUUAACGCCCAGCCCCAGUCACUAGGCAGGCAGAGAGCCAGGGUGCUUAGUCAGGGGUAUAUAAUGAGUUCAGAUAGAAAUGGGUGUGUAGAACCGAGGGAUUAUCUGCCGUGUAGAACCGGGGAUAUCUGUCGUGUAGAACCGGGGAUUAUCUGUCGUGUAGAACCGGGGAUUAUCUGUCGUGUAGAACCGGGAUAUUCUGUUCUAUUCAUUCUAUUUCUAUCUUCAAUGGUCAGAAUGUUUUUGAAUCACUUUGUGUCUCAAAUGGCACACCAGAGUGCUGUGGUCAAAAGUAGUGUACUAUAUAGGGACUAGGGUGCUGUAGUGCACUAUAUAUAGGGACUAGGGUGCUGUAGUGCACUAUAUAUAUAAGGACUAGGGUGCUGUAGUGCACUAUAUAUAUAUAAGGACUAGGGUGCUGUAGUGCACUAUAUAUAUAAGGACUAAGGUGCUGUAGUGGCACUAUAUAUAGGGGACUAGGGUGCUGUAGUGCACUAUAUAUAGGGGACUAGGGUGCUGUAGUGCACUAUAUAUAGGGACUAGGGUGCUGUAGUGCACUAUAUAGGGGACUAGGGUGCUGUAGGGUGCUGUAGUGCACUAUAUAUAGGGACUAGGGUGCUGUAGUGCACUAUAUAUAGGGACUAGGGUGCUGUGAGUGCACUAUAUAUAGGGACUAGGGUGCUGUAGUGCACUAUAUAUAGGGGCUAGGGUGCUGUAGUGCACUAUAUAUAGGGACUAGGGUGCUGUAGUGCACUAUAUAUAGGGACUAGGGUGCUGUAGUGCACUAUAUAUAGGGACUAGGGUGCUGUAGUGCACUAUAUAUAGGGACUAGGGUGCUGUAGUGCACUAUAUAUAGGGACUAGGGUGCUGUAGUGCACUAUAUAGGGGCUAGGGUGCUGUAGUGCACUAUAUAGGGACUAGGGUGCUGUAGUGCACUAUAUAUAGGGACUAGGGUGCUGUAGUGCACUAUAUAUAGGGACUAGGGUGCUGUAGUGCACUAUAUAUAGGGACUAGGGUGCUGUAGUGCACUAUAUAUAGGGACUAGGGUGCUAUUUGAGACACCAGUCACACCACACACUGAAUACAGAGCCCAUGCAUCCAUCUGAUAGACCUGAAGUUCCUCCACCGUGACUUCUGGGUUUGCAAUUGGAUGCUAAAGUAAAUCUUCCCUUCACUUUCCCCGACUGCCUGGCUGAGUGGCAGUACGGAUAGAGAGGAGGAACACAUGGAGGUGUUUUAAUAUACCUCUGACUGACAGAGUCCCAAAAUGGCACCCCAUUCCCUUUUCUAGUGGACUACUGUCUCUCUGUGAUAGUCUCUCCUCUGACCUCUUUCCAUCUCCAUGUGUAAGUAACAGUGUCUCCUUUCUCCUCCUAUGCAGUAAACCAUCUGGACAUCCUAACAGAAGUGCCUGGGAUCGGAGGGAGCGUGUCUGCUUGUUACCAUAGCUACCGUCGCCCCUGAUCACGGACAGACUGACCCAACCCUGCCUGCUUGUUACCAUAGCUACCGUCGCCCCCCCUGAUCACGGACAGAACUGACCCAACCCCUUGUCUGUAUCCCUCCAACACCUGGAAACAGACUCGCCUUUCUUUGAUCAGGUUUUAUUUUUUUGGCCCCAACCUUCUCCCCCCCCCCUCUCCUCUCCUCUUCGUCCCCACAUCUGGUCUGUGUGGCGUCCCGAGGGAGACGCCCUGUUUGUAAACUGACGGUCGUUGGACAGGGCCUCUCCUGCCUACCCCCCACCCCACCAUGGAUGGAUGGAUUGAACCAUGCUGGCUUGGCCCGCUGUGUGCGUGGUGACUUCUAUCAGAUGUACUGCGACGUUACUCUCCCACCUCGCUCUCUCACACAAUUGUAAAGGACUCGUUGACACUAGUUGUGAAAUAAAUGGGCUUUAACGGCCGGAAAUACCACUGUCUUGUGCCAUCUGCUUUCACUCUAACACAGUACUUCCCCUUCCAUCUCCUCGGGGAACCACCAGAUGUCUCACACAUUUGGUUUAUCCCUGAACCAGGACACACUAUUCCACUGGUCCACUAAUAAAAACCCACGACUCAUUGUACCAGUGGCAGGGCUACAGCAAAUGUGUGAAACGUUGUGGUGGUCCCUGAGCAGAGGGUUGGGAAACCCCUUCUCUCCUGCUCUAAUGGGAUCUGUUGGGACCGUACCGCGUGGAUAAACGUUGGGGUGCGUUUGGCGCGGCAGCCGGCUUUUUUAAAGGCCAAGUCGACUGACUGGGAUCUACAAAUCACCGUGCGUCGUAAAUAACUACUCCGAUUAUUAUUUGUACGGUGAGUCAGUCACAAUUUACCCGUGAUACGUCCUGUUUUGAUGCUCUAGUCUAGAACACGACCGCUCGCUCUGGGCUGGGUUCAGCAGGACAAUGCUUUGGAAUGUAGAAAUAUAUAAUAAUAUAAUAAUAUGCCAUUUAGCAGACGCUUUUAUCCAAAGCGACUUACAGUCAUGCGUGCAUACAUUUUUUUUUUUGUGUAUGGGUGGUCCCGGGGAUCGAACCCACUACCCUUGGCGUUACAAGCGCCGUGCUCUACCAGCUGAGCUACAGAGGACCACAUAUCGUUUUAGAACAUUCCUACGACAUGUAGAAUAACAUGUCACAUCAGGGGGGGGGGGGCUGUAUUUAUCAGGCAGCUCAGUAGGAAAGUCUAGGAUCAGUUUUAGAUCACAGUGAAGAUUACGUAGAUAUGGGGGGGACCUGAUCCCAGAUCAGCGCUCCUCCUCUGAGACACUUGAUACAGACGACCCCCAGUUCUAUUUGUGGCUUUUCAAACAUUCCAGUUAUCCUACUGCACACGCCCGGCCGGGGGGGGACCUUCCACGGUUAGCUGACUGCACACAUCAAAGUGUCCUGGGAUCAGUUUGAUAUUCACACAUUCGUGGACUGGUUCUACUGGAUUUAGCCAGACGAGCCAGGACUUGGAAUAACAACAUCUAGUCAAUGAGAACGCUGCAGCUUGUGUGUUUUAGCAGGGAUGCGAUGUGACUUGGGGAAACCUAAGUAGCACAUUUCUAAAGGGAAAAACAGACUCGGGUACAUUUUUACAAAAAAAAACAUUUUAUUCCAUCAGUCAUUAAAAACCAACUUGUACAUAAUUGAGCCUUCGUUGACGCGUUCCGAGCCGUGUGUCUGUAAGCAGAACUCUUCUGAAGGACCGCUGAUUGGAUGUAACGGUCAGAUCCCACACAUAGGGAAUAAACUUCGGUCAAACCUGCUCAUGAAUGCCUCGAGGGGAGUCCACCUAAUCUCCCCCCUCCUAGUGGCCCAGGUGAGGUGAACCUAACGCCCCUCACUGGUCAGAAUAGUAGGAAUCCUCGCAUUCGUCCCAAAUGACACCCUAUUCCCUUUAAAAGUGCACUACAUUAGACCAGAGUCCUGGUUAAAAAAGUAGUGCACUACAUUAGACCAGAGUCCUGGUUAAAAAGUAGUGCACUAUAUUAGACCAGAGUCCUGGUUAAAAAGUAGUGCACUACAUUAGACCAGAUUCCUGGUUAAAAAGUAGUGCACUACAUUAGACCAGAGUCCUGGUUAAAAAGUAGUGCACUACAUUAGACCAGAGGAGUCCUGGUUAAAAAGUAGUGCACUACAUUAGACCAGAGUCCUGGUUAAAAAGUAGUGCACUAUAUUUUGACCAGAGUCCUGGUUAAAAAGUAGUGCACUAUAUUAGACCAGAGUCCUGGUUAAAAAGUAGUGCACUACAUUAGACCAGAUUCCUGGUUAAAAAGUAGUGCACUACAUUAGACCAGAGUCCUGGUUAAAAAGUAGUGCACUACAUUAGACCAGAGUCCUGGUUAAAAAGUAGUGCACUAUAUUUUGACCAGAGUCCUGGUUAAAAAGUAGUGCACUACAUUAGACCAGAGUCCUGGUUAAAAAGUAGUGCACUACAUUAGACCAGAGGAGUCCUGGUUAAAAAGUAGUGCACUACAUUAGACCAGAGGAGUCCUGGUUAAAAAGUAGUGCACUACAUUAGACCAGAGUCCUGGUUAAAAGUAGUGCACUACAUUAGACCAGAGGAGUCCUGGUUAAAAAGUAGUGCACUAUAUUUUGACCAGAGUCCUGGUUAAAAAGUAGUGCACUAUAUUAGACCAGAGUCCUGGUUAAAAAGUAGUGCACUACAUUAGACCAGAGUCCUGGUUAAAAAGUAGUGCACUACAUUAGACCAGAGGAGUCCUGGUUAAAAGUAGUGCACUAUAAAGGGAGAAUAGGUCAGUGAUCCGGUCAGCAACUAACUGUCCGACUCAACACAUCAGUAACUUCACUGUUUUAUUUCUCUGCAUCAUUAUAAAAAAAUGUUAACGUCUAUAAAACCAACGACCCUCCCAUCCAGUGGUGAGCUCUCCAGGAGGCUGGAGGCCCCCCAGACCCAGCCCAGCCACGGAGCCCCAGACCCUGGCUAGUCGGCCCCAGACCCUGGCUAGUCGGACCCAGCCACGGAGGCCCAGACCCCGGCUAGUCGGACCCAGCCACGGAGCCCCAGCCCCUGGCUAG